AUGAGGCUAAAUCACCUUGUUUUCGAAUGCAAGUACCUUCUUACCGAAUACGACUCUGAAUUAUACGUUACAGAGCACACAGUGGAAGACGAAUUAAGACAAAUGGCUUCGAUAUAUUAUUGUGGGAAACUGUUGACUUGCUUCCUAAUACCCAAUUUGUCUGAAGCCCGCGAAAUGGCUAAACAGUACGGGUGGACGAAAAUUAUCGAUGACUUUACCUUUUUUAGAUGCAUGUUGGAUCUAUAUCUAGCCGGCAUGCAACGCAAGCACGUUGCCAAAAUAGCGUCAAACGCUUGGAGGAGAGCUUCUGAAGAGGCUCGAAAAAGUUUCGAUAUUUCAUAA